CUUGUCACAGCUUGAGCCCGGGCUGCCUCCAGCUCCCCUCCCUCCAAGUCACAACCCCCAGCAUCCCCUCCCCCUGGAGCUGCUCUCGGCAGGGCAACAAGCCCUCAGGCUGCUGCCUUGAGCUCCCUCCUCCUCCCCCUCCAGCAGCAGCCGCCAUACUGCGGGGCAACCCAAACUUGUUACACACUGGCACCAACUCCUCCUCCUGCUGCUGCCCCCUGUUGCAGGCGCCUCGGCAGCUGCACGCAGAGCAGCGGGAGGCGGCCCUGGGAAGCGGAGGAGUUGCAGCCUUGCAGUUUAAUUUACUUCUAAGACAAAACGGAAGAAUGUUCUCAAGAGGCAGAAUAGUUGCUGAGAAACACUGUGGAAAGUGUGAACAAUCGCUGUAUUCUGUGACCUGGAAAAUGUGUAUUACCUUGGAGAAGUAAUCUAUUGGAUGCAUAGGCUUGGGAACAUCUUUCCAACCUGUUUAUUGCAACGUUAAGUUCGGCAAUGUCUACCCUAUAACAUACUAUUUGGAACUGGAGAUUUCUUCUGCAAAAGGAACAUUAGAUUGCAGUUAUCCUCCAACUUCCAUACAGCAAGGACUCCUAUCAUGGCUCUCUCUGCUUUGUAUGCAGCUUUGGGUUUAUUGUUUGGAGCAGCAGCAGCAGCAGCAUUUGGUCCAGUACCAAGAAUCACUUGGGAACAUAGAGAAGUACAACUGGUCCAUUUUCAGGAGCCAGAAGUGUUUAACUAUUCAACUUUAUUACUAAGUGAUGGCAAAGAUGUUUUAUAUGUAGGAGCUAGAGAAGUGAUCUUUGCAUUAAAUUCAGUGAAUAUUGCUGAAAAACACCAUGAGUUGUAUUGGAAGGUCACUGAAGACAAAAAAACUAAAUGUGCGGACAAGGGCAAAUCCAAACAGACGGAGUGCCUUAACUAUGUGCGUGUCUUACAACCGCUGAAUGAUGAUGUCCUCUAUGUGUGUGGAACAAAUGCAUUUCAACCAAUCUGUGAUCAUCUGAACUUAAUGUCAUUUGAACUCCGAGGUAAAAAUGAAGAUGGUAAAGGUAGAUGUCCAUUUGACCCUGCCCAAAGCUACACAUCGGUUAUGGUUGAUGGAGAACUUUAUUCAGGAACUUCCUAUAACUUCUUGGGAAGUGAGCCUAUUAUUUCUAGAAACUCUCAUCAGAGCCCGUUGAGAACAGAAUAUGCAAUACCUUGGCUUAAUGAACCCAGUUUUGUUUUUGCUGAUGUGAUAAGAGCAGAUCGAAACAGCACUGAAGAAGACGAUGACAAAGUGUACUUCUUUUUCACCGAGAUGUCUGUGGAAUAUGAAUUUGUUGGAAAGCUGAUGAUUCCAAGAAUAAGUAGAGUGUGCAAGAGGGACCAAGGAGGAUUAAGGACUUUGCAGAAAAAAUGGACCUCCUUUCUCAAGGCCAGAUUGAUCUGUACCACACCUGAUAAGAAUUUAAUUUUCAACAUUAUCAAUGAUGUUUUUAUUCUGAAGUCUCCAAGUUUGAAGGAACCAGUGAUUUAUGGAGUUUUUACCCCACAACUGAAUAAUAUGGGGCUGUCAGCAGUGUGUGCAUACAACUUGUCUACUGUGGAAGACGUUUUCUCCAAAGGAAAGUAUAUGCAGAGUGCCACAGUAGAACAAUCUCAUACAAAGUGGGUCCGAUACAACGGAGAGAUUCCUAAACCUCGACCUGGAGCUUGUAUAAACAAGGAGGCCAGAGCAGCGAACUACAUGAGUUCUCUAAAUUUACCGGACAAAACCCUACAGUUUGUUAAAGAUCACCCUCUAAUGGAUGACUCGGUGACCCCGAUAGGGGACAGACCCAGAUUAAUAAAACGAGAUGUGAGGUAUACACAGAUCGUGGUAGACAGAGUCACAGCACUCAAUGGCAGCAUGUACAAUGUUAUGUUUGUUAGUACAGAUAAAGGAGCCCUGCACAAAGCUAUUAGCUAUGAAAAUGGAAUGCAUAUUAUUGAAGAAAUACAACUUUUCCCAAAUUUUGAGCCAGUUCAGACACUGUUGCUUUCAUCAAAAAAGGGCAAAAGGUAUCUCUAUGCAGGUUCCAAUUCUGGUGUGGUUCAAUCUCCCGUUGCAUUCUGUGACAAGUACAGCACUUGUGUUGACUGUGUUCUAGCUAGAGAUCCCUACUGUGCUUGGAAGUCACAUGAAGCCUCCUGUAUUAAUAUUCUUAAAGAAGAUGAAAUUGAAAGGGAUUGGAUUCAGAACGUAGGUGGUGAUGCCUCUUCCUGCCCUGAUAAAGUAAGAGAGAAUUCUCUGCAGCAUACAUUCAAGCAUGGGAGCACAGCAGAACUCAAAUGUUCUCAAAAAUCCAACCUGGCCCAGGUAGUUUGGAAAUUCAAAGAUGAUGUAUUGAAAGUUGAGAGCCCCAAGUAUCGUCUUCUGGAGAAAGCACUGCUCAUCUUCAAUUUAUCAGAAGGAGAUAGUGGUAUUUAUCAGUGUUUGUCAGAAGAAAAAGUGAAGAAUAAGAAAUUUUCUCAAGUGGUGGCUAAACAUGUUUUGGAACUGAAAAAAAUCCAGCCUACUACAGUGGACCCAAUUCAACCAGCAGCACAGACGGAAGCCUCAUCUUCUAUACCUUUCCCUCCUACUGGUACCUCCUUUUUGUCCUGUGUGGGAAGUGAUUCACCUCCUUCACUCACCAAUACCAUGCCUGAUGUUUGGUCUAGCACAGAGCUUGUAAUGGUCAUGUUGUUACCACCUUUCCUAAGUGACCAGGCACAGCAUGUUAGUGUCCAUGGAACCUUUCACCUCUUCUGUCAAGCCACUGGUCCCAGUGAUGCACGUUUUGUGUGGAAGAAGAAUGGACAGAAAAUGGAAGUGUGUGUCAGUGAGCAAUCUCAUGCAUUGGCUGAUGGCAGAGUGCACAUUCUAAGCUGGGUGAAAGAUGCUGUAGCAGAAAACUCAGAAUACUGUUGUUCAGUCCUCUCAAAAGCUGGAAAUAAAACAUCAAAAGUGCUCAUCACAGUGGCAGGAAAAGAUAGUAUUGGUCAGGCUGAAUGGGUAAAGGAGUAUGACAGCUGGAGAAGUGCAGUCAGUGAACAUCAUGCAAUGAUGCAAAACUGGAAGACGACCUGGGAGAGUUGCAAGAAGACAGACACCCCCUGAUGGACAGAGACAGGAGUAAGAGCUGGCUGACAGGAAAAUAAAUGUCUGCAAAAUGAGGCUUCCAGUUACUCUAACCAGCAUAGCUGGCAGGGGGGCUUACUGUUCAGGAGAAUCUACUGAAGAUUUAGGCAAAACAGGAUUUCCUCACUGCACUGAAGAAUGUUUUAUCUACUACCAAGACAACUCCCCCACCCCUUUUGAACAACCUGAUAUCAGUUCUUUUUUUUGCUAAUUAUGGAGGAAGAGUGUUCCUACUGAGACUUGUGCUGCUCAAACAUUGUAAUGCAACCCCUAAAUCCUGUUUUAAGCAGAUGAGGUAAGUUUGAUUGUGAUGUGAAUAUAUUAGAGCAGUGGGGAUAUAACAAGGAUUUGGAUCACUUAUAUUUUAAAUGUUUUUCAGAAAAGUAAUGGGGAAGAAUAAGGUUUACCUUGAAAGUCCAUUCUGGCAUUUUAAAGAACAUUCCUUUUUGGGCUGGGCAAAAUUUUCCUUGUUUGCAUAAGCAGGCAAAGCUACAGUAAUUUUUCAAAGAGAAACUACUGUGAGAUUCAUCAUGGACAUUAAUACUUUUCAUGAAUUAGAGACUUUAAAUUGAAAACAAGUUUAACUUUCAAAACAACUUCAGUUAAUUAUACAAUUUUUCCUGUACCAAACAAAAUUUGACUAGUUAAGGUAUUUAUUUACAGGACUCAGAAUAUAGUUGGCAUAAUGUAAAGCACAGCACACAAUGUGCUACAAAAUAUGAAUAAUAAUUGGCACUGUGGAAGAUCAAGUCUGAUUUAUGCUGAACAAAUAUUCAGCAAUUGAUGGAAUCACAUUAGCCGUUUAUUAUUUCUACUAAAAAUGUGCAGAGAAAACAUUGAGGUAGCCACUCAAAUUUUGGGGACCUACUUGUCCUGUUUUGUUUUAAAAUAAGUUUUAUCUUUCUGCAAAGGAUCAAUAAAAAGUUUGAGAUGUUUCAUUGUUCUCUUUUCCUCACUUUUUACGUAAGAGCUUUGGCUUGAGUGUGCUGGGAAUGGUCAUUUAAAAAGUAUUGUAUUCUCUCCAUAACUCAAUGUAUAGGAAAUAAAACUUUUCCACACUUACCUGAAGAAUUCCUUUCUUUGAGCAACAAGCUCUACAGAUCUUUUACAAUGAUACUUCAGCUUGCUUGGGGAUCAGACUUGGCAGCAGGGAAUAUCUCAUACUUGUAGUUCCCUCUUGUUAAGCACUUGCACAGCCAGGAUAACUUCAACUCUACUUUAAGUCACAUUGUUAAAUAUACUUUGCUUGGAGAAAUUGUUUUUCCUCAUUAAGUAAAAUUUAAGUCCUUGAAUGUUAAGUGGAUCCUUCGGAAUUGAGACGGAAAUUGACUGUAGGCUGUGCCAACUCUGUGGACCUUAUUGCCUGAAGAAAGUAACUCACGUUGGCACAGCCUGGAAAUUUAUCUAGGGUCCACAGCUCUAUUACAAUGGGACUUUCAAAGCCGUGCACCUCCAGGGUGGGAAGCAGGACAUCUGCCCUGGAGAAGACUUAGCCAAUGCCAUUUCCUUUCUUUUGGCAGAAGACUGGUUGACUAAUAUGUAGAAUUUGAUGAAGGCAGUCUUAGUAGAGUAGACAUGACUAUUCUGCCCUGAGAUUCUCAGGCAUCCAAGUCCAGUCCUGAGCACUAACUGAAGAGCAAUAUUUCUAGUUUACUUACAGAAUUUACAUACUGACAUGCAUGAGGCCUACCUUCUGAAUUAAAAGUACAUACUACGUCUUGUGGGAGUUCCCCACAUCCAUGUUCAAUCUGGAUAGUGCUGUGAGGAGUAGAAUGUGUUUUGAUGGUCAUGUUCUAUGACAUCAUGGAACUGAAAAAAGUUGGUUGCCCUAAGGAAGCAUUUCACAUUAUGAAUCUUC